UCCAAGCGUGUGCUGUGCUUUAAGUAAACGAUUAUUUAAUUGGUAGAAGAAAAAGGAUUGAGCAGAACUGGCCAAACAGUAAAAUAACACAGUGUUGAUCAUGUCGGCACACGAUCAAAUGCGGGCGAUGCUUGACCAGCUAAUGGGAACAGCUAGAAAUGGUGAAACCAAUCGGUACUCGGUGAAAUUCUACGACAGCAAAGUAUGUAAGAGUUUUCUAUUAGGCUGCUGCCCGCACGAGAUCCUCGCCUCGACGCGAAUGGAUUUAGGCGAAUGCCCGAAAGUACACGAUCUUGCCCUCCGUGCUGACUAUGAAAAUGCAUCGAAAAAUAAGGACUACUACUAUGACGUCGAUGCAAUGGAGCACUUGCAAGCAUUCAUCAACGAUUGCGAUCGGCGGACGGAAGCCGCAAAAAAGCGGCUGGCGGAAACGCAGGAAGAACUGACGGCGGAGGUAGCCGCCAAAGCGAACGCUGUGCACGAGCUGGCGGAGGAAAUCGGUAAGAAACUUGCAAAGGCAGAGGCUCUAGGUGAGGCAGGGCAGGUGGAGGAGAGCAUGAAGCUGAUGUCGGAGAUAGAAGAGCUGCGAGGGAAAAAGACACGGGCCGAACAUGAGUACCGUAGCUCAAUUCCGGCCAGCACGUAUCAGCAGCAAAAGUUACGCGUUUGUGAGGUCUGCUCCGCCUAUCUGGGCAUUCACGACAACGACAUUCGGCUCGCGGACCACUUCGGUGGUAAAUUGCAUCUGGGCUUCUUGGCAAUUCGAGAAAAGCUAGCGGAACUGGAGAAAACGGCUGGCCCGCGGCAGAAGGAGCUCCGCAAAACAGGGCGCGAUCGGGACCACGAGGAUCGUAGCCGAUCACGGUAUGUGGGCGGACGGGAGCUAGAUCGACGCUCCCGCGCGCUGGCCCGAAGCCGUGAGCGAAAGGAUGUACGAGAACCACGUAGUGGUGAUGAUCGCAAAGAGAAAUCAGAAGGUCGAGACCGAGAACGUGAGCCCCGCGAUCGAGGUGACCGUGAAAGACGCAGGUCACCGGAUCGCACCCGUCGAUCCCGUAGCCGUGAGCGCAGUCGCGAUCGAGACCGUCACAAUGAUCGGAACAACGAUCGCCGUAGGCGGUCGCGGUCCCGCGAGCGAUCCAGACGGUAAGCAUCAAUCAUUCUGUAGAGAUCAUUCAAGCACACAUAGGCACGUAGCAUCCGGUUCAUCAUGGGGUCGGCAGCAGCGGUUGCGGUAUCAGGAAUGUCCAGUACGCUAGGAGCAACAGCCGAUUCAAAACAAUUGUAACAAAGUUCUCUGUAACGGCCGACAACCAAUAAUGUCCCUGACCAUCGAUGGAAUGGCUCUUACUUGUAAGCAUAGUUGUACCUUCUGAUUUCUUUCGAUUAAUCUUUCAAACACUUUACUUCUUGAUUCCAUCACGAUAUGAUUUCAACGUAGACGGUACGUAAACAAAACAAGAUUUUUAGAUCAUAUCUCUGUGCUGCUCAAAUCAUUGACUGACGGAGAUAUUUCGGUAGCAAAUCAAUUCGUUAUGAUACAGUUUAAUAUUAUUUUAUAAAUAUCCCCAAAUGAUAACGAUUGUACUAAGAACUGGGAAACAUUUUUAUGAAUGAAUUAACAAAAUUUUCCACCGAUA